AUGUUGUUGUUAGAAACAGAUAAAAUUAGUCGUGAACUAUUCAAUGCUAUUGAUGAAAAUGAUGUAUAUAAAGUAAAAACUAUAUUAUUAUCAUCGAAAGUACUCCAACAUAAUUUUGAUUAUUAUGAAAAAGAUGAACAACCAAUUUUACAUUAUUGUUGUCUAAAAGGAAAUUUAGAAUUAGUUAAAUUAUUUGUACAAAUGGGUGCUAAUCAAUAUGUUCCAAAUCGAUUUGGAUGGUUACCAUUACAUGUUGCUAUUUAUCUAGAAUUUAAAGAUAUUACUCAAUAUUUAUUAAAUUUAUCAAAUGAUUAA